GUGACUUAGUAGUUGUGAAGAUGUCGUCAACAUGUGAAUCAAUACCGGUACUUUAUAUUAAAGCAUACAAUAACUUUGAUGUUGGUUUUAAAAUUGGAAAUACAUUUAAGCAUUUUAUACAAGAGCAUGUAACAACCAAAACAGCGGAAUUACUAUAUUCUUUCUACAAAACUGAAGAAGGAAGGAAGCUGUAUAAUGCAGCUGUUGAAACAACGGAGAGAUGUUAUCCUCAUAUUGUGGAAGAAAUUAAGGGAAUGGCCGAAGGAUCUGAUGUGUCUUUCGAAAGACUAUUUCUACAGGAUAUGGUUUCGGAGAUACUUUUGCACCAUUCGAACAAAUCAAAUGAGAAAGAAGUUGGCCAUGACAGCGAAAUUGCUGGGUGCACAGACAUAAUGGUGAAUACAUCAGAUUGUAGAGUUCUUGCACAUAAUGAAGACUGGGGAACGGAGGUUGAAAACAGGAUGUAUAUGGUCGAUGUAGAUCUAGACAAAAGCGCAUUAUGUGAAGUUAACAUAAAGAACCAAGAAACUAUAAACCAGGUAACUGCAAGACGAAACGAAAGGUAUCUCGCAUGCAUAUUUCCAGGGUAUCUUGCUGGGAAUACAUUUUAUGUCAAUAAAACAUUUGCCGUGUCAAUAAAUUCUCUCGUGCCAAAGAAAGUAAAUCAUGGCGCUGUGCCAGUUGAUAUACUUCUCCGUGCCUUAAUUGGAUGUGAAAGUAUAGAAGAGUGUGUCGCUGUUAUGAAGAACGAUCCUGUGGGCUGUUCGUAUGGAAUAAACAUCAACAUUGCAAGCAGGAAGUCAGACGAUAUGUGGACGUUGGAAGUCUAUCCAGAUAAUGAUAUAACAGUCGUGGAUGUGCAGCAUAUUUCAUAUUCAAACAGCGCCAAUAGAGACUCGUACUACGUACAUACAAAUUAUUACAAGCAUGUUAAAGAUGCGGAGGAGUCACCAGGAUUAGAUGGUACAAAAGCUAGAGAAGCAACUGCAAGCCAAAUGUCUGUACCGACAUGUCUCCAAGAUGUCUGUAAUAUUUUGGGAGAUACGUCCAGUACGAUAGAGCCCAUCUACCGAACGCCCGGGAUAAGCUUUAAAAUUAUACAUGUUGCAACAAUUGCUUCUGCAGUGUUUGAUAUGAAUGAAAGCGUUCUUCGUGUUUAUCUUACGAAUCCGAAAACUGCGAAACGUCCCUGUUUAUCUCUGCCAUUUGUUCAAUAGCUGUCUUUAUGUUUUAUUCCAAAUGCAGUUGUCAUUUCUCUUACUUUUUGAACAGUUACAAAUUACUGAAUACAGGCCCGGUUCCAGAAAUAUUUGAUCGGAGGGAUGAGGUGGGGGCAAUACUUUAGAACGAAGCUCAAAGUGCCGAGUGGGGGUAGAUAUAGGAUGGGGAGGGGGGCUACGCUCGUAUAAGAUGGUCAGGGGGUCUUCCACUGUAAUUUUUCUUAAAAAAUUGGUAGGAUUUGCAGCUUUUUGGUCUAAAUUUUGAGGUAUUGGUGGAGGUUCUCCCAUCAUUGUAGGGGAUCAGGAGGUCUGUCCCUAGAAAAUUUUGAAAUAUAGGUAUGAAAUGUCGGCCUCUGGUGCAUUUUUGGAUCUAAAUGUUUAGAAAAUAUCAGUUCUUACUUCGAUGAGUAUAGGUCACUUCUCAGCCAACUGGUUGUGUGUGUUGGGGUUGGGGGAGUGGGGCAUGGACCCCCUGGAUCUGGGCCUGAAAUAUUACAUACGUACAUGUACAUUGUACCAGCUUAGGAAUAAAUAUUUCAUAAACCUACCAACAACAAUUUCUUUAUCAUCCAUCCCUUUCUCAUUUCUCAUUCUGCGUGAUUUCUGAAAGCAAGAGGUGAUAUUCAGCAUUAUACAUUCUGAAUAAGUUUAUCUCAUUCAUACUGCGUUACUGUCCAAUAUAUUUAAGUACUGAACAUUAUGUUUUCCGUAUAGAAAGAUGCAAAUUUUUUCUCGAAUUAUUACGUUUUAUGGUAGAAUAUGGCGGCAAAUUCAGA